UUGUCUCAAUACAUUUAUUUGUCAAGUUUCACUUUGGUGUUUACACCGAAAUUAUCCAGACAAAAAGUAUUUAUCAGGAAAUAAAAAAAAAUUAAAGCAGUAUUGCAAGCAUCUAAGACAAGUCUAAACAUUCAUUGAUUAGGAACAAUUUGAAUUAGGCAAAAUGGUGUAUCUAAAGGAUUGGGAUGAUUUCGAAAUUGCGGCCGAAAAUAUGUUUAUGCAAAAUCCGGAGAAGUGUCGAUUCACAUUGAAAUAUAUACAUUCCAAAGGGCUCAUUCAAUUGAAAUUCACAGACAAUGAAAAAUGUAUUCAAUACAAAACGGAGAUUAUGCCGGAUUUGAAAAAGAUAGAAAAAUUGACUGGUAACUUAAUGCUUCACAUGGCAUCGAAUAAUUGAGCGGAUUGCAAUCGUCUUCAUUAAAUUAAAUUGAUUUAAUCGCAUUCAUCUACGGCGCGCGGAUUUCUAGCAUUUAAGUGUUCAUAUAUUUUAUUUUAUUUUUCAAAAAUAUAAUCAAGUCCAUAUUAUAUAUUUUAUAGAAAAUGAAUAUAAAUGAACAAAACACAAAAUCAAAA